GCGCCCUCCCCUCGCCGGUGGUUGCGAGUUGCAUUUGGUAAAACCCAGCCCCGGAAUAUAUAGAUCAUUGGAGCGCAAUGAAGUAGCCUUUGGAGAGGCGGGAGGGGGCCCGUCCGACAGCCACAGCGGCCAGCGCAGCGGCAGCGGCAGCGGCGGCGGCACCACCAUCACCGCUCGCACCCCAGCCGCCCGGCCCGCGAGGAGGCAGCAGCGGCGGCCGCCGGCGGGAGUGGAGGCGGCGGCGGAGAGGCGAGGAGGAACAGCAGGAGGAGCCGGAGCGCGCAGCCGGCGGGUCCACGCAUCUCCGCACUUCCAGAGCAACUCCGGCGUCUUCCAUACCCUUGCCCGGGGCUGGGGGGCUCCGAGAGCCGCCGCGAAGCCAACCCGAUCCCUGCUCCCGAGCGCUGCCCAGCCCUGCCCUGAGCCUCCCGGGCUCCGCUCCGCUUCGCGGGGUCCCCGCUCCUGCGCCCCGGGCGCGCCUCCCGGACACCCCGGUCCCCGUAGGCAGGACAAAGCCAUGAAGCCGGCGCUGUUGGAAGUGAUGAGGAUGAACAGAAUUUGCCGGAUGGUGCUGGCCACUUGCUUGGGAUCCUUUAUCCUGGUCAUCUUCUAUUUCCAAAUCAUGCGGAGGAACCCCUUUGGUGUGGACAUUUGCUGCCGGAAGGGGUCUCGAAGCCCCCUGCAGGAACUCUACAACCCGACUCAGCUGGAGCUCUCCAACACCGCGGUGCUGCACCAGAUGCGGCGGGACCAGGUCACGGACACGUGCCGGGCCAGCAGCGCCAUGAGCCGCAAGCGGCGGGUGCUGACCCCAAACGACCUGAAGCACCUGGUGGUGGAUGAGGACCACGAGCUCAUCUACUGCUACGUGCCCAAGGUGGCCUGCACCAACUGGAAGCGGCUCAUGAUGGUCCUGACCGGGCGGGGGAAGUACAGCGACCCCAUGGAGAUCCCGGCCAACGAGGCGCACGUCUCCGCCAACCUGAAGACCCUGAACCAGUACAGCAUCCCAGAAAUCAACCACCGCUUGAAAAGCUACAUGAAGUUCCUGUUCGUUCGCGAGCCCUUCGAGAGGCUGGUGUCGGCCUACCGCAACAAGUUCACCCAGAAGUACAACACCUCCUUCCACAAGCGCUACGGCACCAAGAUCAUCAAGCGCCAGCGGAAGAACGCCACCCAGGAGGCCCUGCGCAAAGGGGACGAUGUCAAGUUUGAGGAGUUCGUGGCCUAUCUCAUCGACCCGCACACCCAGCGCGAGGAGCCCUUCAACGAACACUGGCAAACCGUCUACUCGCUCUGCCACCCGUGCCACAUCCACUACGACCUCGUGGGCAAGUACGAGACGCUGGAGGAGGAUUCUAAUUACGUGCUGCAGCUGGCAGGAGUGGGCAGCUACCUGAAGUUCCCCACCUAUGCCAAAUCCACGAGAACUACUGAUGAAAUGACCACAGAGUUCUUCCAGAACAUCAGCUCAGAGCACCAAACGCAGCUGUACGAAGUCUACAAACUCGAUUUUUUAAUGUUCAAUUACUCAGUGCCAAGCUACCUGAAAUUGGAAUAAGGGGGGGUGGGGGGUGGGGAGAGGGAGAGAAUCAUGCUUUUUAAUUUAAGAUUUUUAUUUGUCAAAAGAAUUAUAUGGAUAUUGGGUUAUUUUGUAAAUUAAUGUUUCUUCGGGGAUGAUGCUGCGAGCAGCAUAGUGAGAAUUAUUUAAAAAUCCUUAGUAGGGAAGGACAGCUGUCUUUGCAGGGGAAUAGAGUGGGUGUCCUUGUGUGUAGACAUGAAUACUGCAACACUGUCUCAAAAGGUUUCCUUGUGUUCUGGUGAAUUCCAUGAAUUGUGCAUUCCAUAAAUUCUAAUUAAUAUUAUUUAUAGUUAUUUAAACAUGGUCUUUGUAUAGAUUUCUUUUGGGGGUAACAAGAUGGUAAGGUCUUUGCAGGAGAAAUCUAUGUUUCAUUCUGUGCUUGCGAUAGCUCAUUUGGGGUCAUGAAUGUUCUCACUCACCGCUCAUAGAGUCACUGUGUAUUGUGUAUUGAUGCCACCAUUCUUGAAAUUCCAUUAGAAAUAAAUAGAAAGGAAGCACCUUUGAAAGGGACUAAAUUCCAAACCGAUUUUCAAUCAACCCAAAAGUCCCUUGCAUUAAAGAUAUGUGAUUUUUUUUUUUAACCCAAGGAGAGAGCUGAUGGUAGCUUUUUUUUUUUUUUUCACCAGAAUUAGUAGUCUGAUAGAAUAGGCUUUUCUAAAGAAAUUUUUAACUGGCAGUGCCAGUUGCGAUAAACGUGAAGUGGCUGUUGCUUUAUAGUCAACAAGUAUUUAUUGAGCAACAACUACAUGCUAGGCCUCAUUCUAGGCCCUGCAGGUAGAGCAUUGAACAAAACCAAUAGUCUCAAGCCCUCAGGAAGCUUUACAUGGACACAAGAGUAUCCAGCUUGACAAUUAGCAAACCCCCAAUAUUUUGCAUGUAACAUGAGGUUUGGACUGUUCAUAAGCAGGAAGUCCAUGACCCCUACAAAUUUGGAUUUUUCUAUGGCCCCAAUUUGAAAACCACAUGCUUGGAGCAUGCCACUUAACUUGGUGAGUAAUCCAAGCUCAGUGCCCAGCACAGGAGAUGACAAAAAUGUUUGCUACCGUGUGCCCACUCCAAUUUAUUGGUAGUGUCUGCCUUUGAGCCCCAGAACAAAUUUACCAGCCACAGCAUAGAACAGUGCUGUGAUUGAUUAGUAAUGUCUGCUUUGGGUGAGGAAAGGAAAACUUGAGCUGAGUCCAGUGCCGCCUCCUGUCAUCUCUAGCCCAGCAGCCACGUCUCCGUCUCCAUGUACAAGUGUUACUUUCUACUCUUGCUACGUAGAAGAGUGAAAUCCUGGGGCAGGAUUUCUACACUCGGGGAUUUACAAUGGACUGGUGUUUCUAUCCCUCGUGUAGGUCAGAGGUGGACUAUUGGUACAGACAUGCACAUGUGUACCCCCUCCCAAGUCCUCCCAAGGCUAAGAGCAUCAGCUCCUUUGUGACCACCGUGCAUGAGCAGCAAGGACAGCCUUCUGUGAUGAUAAUCCAGUCCCCUUUUCCUCCGCAAGGCUGAAAACAUUCACUUCCUGUUCUAAUGAACACUUGCACACGCGUCUCAUUUCCAACCAUUUUCGAUGCCUCGGUUGAAGUUUGAGCCACAUCCCUCUUACAGCUAGUGAAUGAGUUGGUAGCAGAUACUGUAUAUAAUUAAUAAUAAUAAUAAUAAUAAUAGUUCUAAUAAUAG